AUGGAGAAAUAUAUGUUACCUAGUAGCCAAGAAAUUGAAGAAGAGCAAAUGAUCGCACCAGAUUUACAAAUCGUUCAACAAAGAAUUGCUGAUGUCCUGAGAGUUCUGAAUAAUUUUAAAGAAUUAGGGGAUCAGAACAGAGGGCGAGCAGAAUAUGUGGAUCAGCUCAUUCAAGACAUUGCAACUUAUUAUGGAUACUCGGAAUUCUUGGCCGAAAAGCUGUUUCAUCUGUUUCCAGUGUCCGAGGCAUUAGACUUUUUUGAAGCAAAUGAAGUUCCGCGACCUGUCACCAUUCGGACAAACACUUUACGCACACGAAGAAGAGAUUUGGCGCAAAAAUUAAUUGAUCGAGGAGUCAAUUUGGAACCAAUUGGAAAAUGGUCCAAAGUUGGAUUAACAGUUUUCUCAUCCGAUAAACCUCUUGGAGCAACACCUGAAUAUCUAACAGGUGACUACAUGCUACAAUCUGCCGCCUCAUUCUUACCAGUGAUGGCCUUAGCACCACAAGAAAAUGAAAAAAUCCUAGAUAUGGCAGCCGCACCAGGAGGAAAAACGACAUAUAUUGCUGCAUUAAUGAAAAAUACAGGCCAGAUAUUUUCCAAUGAUGCCAAUAAAGAACGGACGAAAGCACUCGUUGCAAAUAUACAUCGAAUGGGUGUUAAGAACACGGUUGUGUCGAAUUACGAUGGUCGUGAAUUUCCUAAAGUGAUGGGUGCAUUUGAUCGGGUGUUAUUGGAUGCGCCAUGUAGUGGAACUGGCAUUAUAUCUAAAGAUGCUUCAGUUAAGAUUAAUAAGACGGAUAAAGAUUUCAUGCAACUUUCCCAUCUGCAAAAACAAUUGAUAUUAUCUGCCAUUGACUCGGUUGACGCUAAGUCAUCAACCGGUGGUUAUAUUGUAUAUUCUACAUGUUCAGUAACCGUUGAUGAAAAUGAAGCAGUCGUUAAUUAUGCGCUAAAGAGACGGCCUAAUGUUAAAUUAGUCCCCACAGGAAUCGAUUUCGGAGUUGAAGGAUUCACAAAGUAA